AUGGAGCUGCCUCCUAAGAUCGAAGCUGAUCUCGAGUCCAAUUUGGCGCCAUACGAAUACGACCCCUGGUUGUUAGACGAUCAUCCACUUCGUUCAUAUCCCACCGAGUGUAUUCCUGGCCUGGGCCCCAUAAUCGCCGAAGGGCUUACCUCUGUACGAAAUCGGUGGAAAGAGUGCCUGCUCCGUGCUGUCUGCCUGGUCAUCACUUGCUUGGCUGCAUUCCAAUGUCUUCAAUAUCUCCCAUCAGUGGGCAAGAGCUUGGCUCACCCCAAUUCCCGUUUGAGCCCUCGCGAGUGGCAAGUUAAAUGCACGUUCCCCCAUUCGGAUCCCCGCCCCAGUGCCCUCACACAGUCCGUUGCUGCCGGAUGUGAUGGUUUCCGCGCCGAUAUCUGGCUACAUGACCAGGAUCUUCAGAUGGGUCCCUUAGGUUCUGAAGCCAAGGAGGAGAAUGACCUUCAACUUCGAAUCGAUUCGCUUUUCGCUCGACUGCAGCGUCGUGAUCUAUCCGAUCCUUCGCAGACACCCCUCGACACUGUUACCCCUGAGACCAUUGAAUCGAUUCCGACCGAGUCUUUCUUCCUUGUGCUCGAUGCACACUCUCCUCUCCAGGAAGUUCUCCGCUCUCUUCAUCCACGGCUUGAAUCUCUUCGCCAGCGAGGAUAUUUGACCACCUGGGAUGGUGUGCAAUUGAUUCCAGGCCGAAUCACGGUGAUUGUUACAGGAGAGGCUAUACCUGAAUGUGUUGCUGAAUCCUCCGAUAUCUUUUGGUCUUUGAAUAAUAUUUCUCAGGACAUGACGAACGAUCAUCUGACUCCGCUGUGUGCCAAAUGA